AUGCAGGUUCCUGUUCAACUGCUUAAAGUGCACGACCCCUUGAAGACUAGGUGUCCUGGAGCACGUCUCUUGGGAGUCCGCCAGAGCUUUCCCUUGGCCGAUGCCGUGCUGUUUGGGAACUCAGAACCGCCUCUCGAGGUCCGAUCCCUCCUGGAGCUGGCGCCCAUGUUGGAGCGUCAUUUGCUCGGAAAGGAGGCGCGCGCCUCCCCACUCCAUGCUUGCGUGCGGCAGAUCACAGAGGAGUGCUGCGAGCAGCAGUUCGGCACACCGCUUGCGGAUAUCUUGCAGUCUGCCAGACAGUUGCAGCAACGGCUGCAACUCUUGAUCUCAGCAGAGGGUCGAGACUCUGAAGACAAGCUCCCACCUAUUGAGGUGCCCAACUCCUGGUCACAUCCUCGAUUGACCUGCAGACGUCUCCUGUUGAGGGACUCGGAGAGCCUCUCAGGCUUUGACCUUUGCGCCAGCGGUUGGUCCGGAUUAUGCUUGGGCCCUGUGUAUUCCGACCUCAGCCGGCUGCUGACAGAUGUGCUCUUUGAGGCGGUCCAGUGGGUGGAGACCUGGGAAAAUGUGAUUCGCUAUGACACUGGCAUUGGCGAGGCAGUGAAACUUCCUAGCUUCAUAGCCCGCAGUCUCAGCUGUCGCUUGAUUCGAUGUCUUGCUGUACCUCCUGUGCUCUUGGGCGAACACUUGGGCAUCACUACAGGUGCAGCAGCUUUGAUUCUGGAGCGUGUUGGGCAGGACCCUGCCGAUUGGACCGAAGAGGCACUGGGAGAGAUCUUUCGAGAGGCUACUCAGGAUGAUAGGCCCUUCGCCAUAGCCGACCUGGCGCACUCCUUGGCGUCAGCAGUUCCAGCUGCCACACUUUUAGCGCUUGGCAGCCGAAAACUCCACCGGCGCCGCGCCAAAAAUCCCAAGGUCCAGCGCCGGGUGAUCGGCCCCGCCGUGGCCGCCGCCGCGGCCGCGGCCAAGGUGGCGGCGGCCGGCAAGCUGGCAGCUGCUGGUGGGGCGGCUGCCUCGGUGGCUGCGGGGAUCAAGACUUUGAGCAAAGAGAGACCCGCGGCCCAUAAAAGCGGAAGACGCCCAAAGAUGGUGGUCCUUGGUACAGGUUGGGGAUCAGUGACAUUCUUGCAGGGAUUGUCCGAAGACAUUGCUAAAUACUACGACAUCACGGUGGCCUCUUGUUUGCAGCAGCGCGGCUUUUGGGGGUCUCAUUUUGUUGAAUGCUUUUAUUUGCCUAGGAAAGCCUACUGUCUCACCGCGAAAUUUCUUCUUGACACUCGGUACACUCCACUGCUCCCAGCGAGUACGAUGGGAUCGAUUGAAGAGCGAUCAAUCGUGACACCAAUUCGACGCGUGACUAAGGACAAGGCAGAUUUCCUUGAAGCAAAGUGCGAGCACAUCGACGUCAAGAAUAAGGUGGUGAAGUGCACUCGCGCUGGCACACCUGAUAACUCAGCAGACAUAGAUUAUGAUCACUUUCCAGAGGAAUCCGUACCGCGAAAGAUGUCGUUCGACAUCGAAUAUGACGUAUUAAUUUAUGGCAUCGGGGCACAGACCAACGAUUUCAACACUCCUGGAGUUCAAGAGCAUGCCUUCUUCUUCAAGGAGCUCACAGAUGCUCGAAAGGUCCGAGACAAGGUCACCGACCUUUUCGAAAGGGCCUCCUUGCCCAAUGCUACAGAGCAGCAGAAGGAGAGGUGGUUGAGCUUCGUGGUGAUUGGCGGCGGCCCCACUGGUGUGGAAGUCGCUGCAGACUUGGCGGAUUUCCUUUCGGGCGAUGCCAAAGAGUUGUAUCCCAAGCUCAUGAAGUACGUGAACGUCAAGCUGAUCAACACAGGUGACUACUUGCUCUCCACCUAUGAUCGGGGCAUCUCCGAAAAGUGUAUCGAAGUCUUUGCAGACAAAGGUGUCGAGGUUCUGCCAAACUACAGAGUGACAGAGAUCACCAAGAAAGAAGUCAAGAUGAGAAAGAAGAGCGGUGAGGAAAUGACAUUGCCCUAUGGUUGCAUUGUUUGGGCUGCAGGGAUCAAGCAGAAUGAGCUCACCAGCCAGCUGAAAUCAGCCUUGCUAGAACUGAAUGACGGGGUGUCUGAUGGAAAUAUGGCGGUCCUAAAGACUCCUGCCAAUGGCAUCAUCACAGAUGACUGGUUGCAGGUUCGGGGUAGCGGUGGCUCACUGUUUGCUUUGGGAGAUGCUGCCAGAGUGCGCCAUGAGCGAACUCUGCCGUAUGCUGAGCAGCUCUUCAAGGCGGCGGACUUGGACAAUUCCGGUGACCUCACUUUGACCGAGCUCAGGGACCUCUUCCAGGGCGCCUCGGACGAGUUCCCGCAGCUGGAGGAAUACGGGCAGUAUUUGUCCGCCGUGGUGGAUGAGGAAUCGAAUCCACGGGUUAAUGCCAUCGCCAAAGUCUUUGGCGAAGCCUUGGAACGCGAGAGACAGGCAUGGAAAAAGGCCAAAGCGCUGGUGUCGCAGCGCGCCUCUGACCGAACCAAGAAGAAGGGCACACCAGACGUGGAGAAGGAUUUCGCAGAAGCAGAUGAAGAUUCCAAUCGUGUCUUUGACAUGGAGGAGUUCAAAGGAUUGCUGGAGCGUAUCGACGCGAAUCUGCAGCCCUUCCCACCUACCGCUCAGGUAGCAGCACAACAAGGCAAAUAUUUGGCGUCUCUCUUCAGCGAGGCAGUCUUGGACGGUGACAUUGAUAGCUUCACCGAAGUGGCCACCGCCAACGGACCCUUCACCUACUUCCACAAAGGUUCAUUGGCCUACCUUGGAGGUGGUUCGGCAGCUUUUGAUCUGCCAGUGAUUGGUCCAAUCACAGGACCUGCUGCUGGUGUCGCUUGGAAACUCUACGAGACAUCGGCUCAGCUGAGUUGGAAAAAUCGCGCCCUGGUGGGCUUGGAUUGGCUGCGGGGCGAGAUCUUCGGAAGGGACACCUCCCGAAUUGCCUGA